CCUGAAGGUGCUACAUUGCUUGGGACAAUACUAUCCUCAGACAAGACGAAUAUCUCAGUUCUGAUGGGUGAUCAUGUUGCACAUCCACUCCUCAUCACUGGCCUUGCAAAUAUCCACAUGAACACCCAACUUAAAUCAUCAUCCAACUCUUUCAUGCUCACUGCCCUGCUGCCAGUUCUGAAGUUUCUUCAUAAGAAUAAAUGCCUGUGUGGCGUAUUGGCAGAUUGCCUCAUUCAUCAAUGCCUAGAUAUUGUUUUAAAACUGCUUAAGGAGACCACUCUACAUGGCAUGAUACUCUCAGAUCCCGUCAGGUAG